CCAGGCAGCACUCACUCCAGCGCACAAAGGUCAGAGGAUUGCCCAUGCACAAGGAGAGGACUGCCAGCUGAAGGGCACAGGUUUUCUUUGCCGGCCAGGUAGAUUCCCAAGGACAAUGCUAUUGGUACAAUUAAAGGGACUUAUGUCUUCUCUCCAUUUCAUUGAUUCCUGUUAUCAGCCAUUUAAGCUGAGGAGAAGCUGACGGUAGUGUUUGCUAUUGAAGGACGAUGGACAGGAGGUGGAAAAACUCAAUUCAAGCUCCAGAUAUGUACAUGAGGAUCAUGUAAGUCAUCACAAAUGGGGAGCUCCUCCACCACUCUCAGGAGGUUGAAGCUGGGGAAGCUGAAGAUUGUGCGCCGACGCCUCCUGCAGCAUUAUGAGCACCAGCCGUUUAUCUCGCUCCUGGCGGGUCUCUACAGCUGCCGGUGGAAGCGGUACCAGCGUCAGAAGACAGAGCCAGGACAGUGCUGCUGCAAAUGGAAUGAGUCCCUGUUCUUCCUCCUCCUGGUCGUGGCUUUCUGUCUUGCUUUAGUUUUUGUGUAUUUCUGGGGAGAAGCAAAGAACGACUACAAUGACUUUGACUGGUACUCGUAUAGAGGUUUGGGAUACUGGUUCCUGUGGUCAUUACUGAUCCUAGUGGUGGUGGCCGUGCUGUUCACCUAUAUAGCGAUAUUGGUGGUUUUGUCAGUAUGUCUGCUCUCAGAAGGUCAGCGGCUGUACCUGCAUUGGAGCCACAAGGGUGGGAUGAUAUUUGUCCUCAUAUUCUUUACUGCUGCCCUCGCUGUUUUGUCUAAUUUAUGGGGUGAAGAAUGGGCAGCUGUUCGCCUCUCCUUCCAGGUGACUGCUCCAUACCUCCACAUUGGCUCUCUAGCGACAAUGACCCUCUUGUCUUGGCCAGUAGCAUUGUAUUUUGUCAGAAUGAACACAAAACUCUCUCGGAUGCUGAUAAUCAGUCCGUACAUCGCCGUGCUGCUGGUCCUGUUUUUCCUACCACUGGGGAUGUAUUCCCCCUGCAUUAGGGAGAAGGGGACGCUGGGGGCAAAACCAUUGCUAAUAGGGCACAGGGGAUCACCGAUGUUUGCACCAGAAAAUACCAAAAUGUCUUUUGAAAAAACAAUAGAAUAUGAGGGUGAUGGCCUGGAGACUGACGUCACAAUCAGUUAUGACGGCGUCCCCUUUCUCAUGCACGACAACACUUUAAAGAGAACGACGAAUGCUGGGGACGUGUUUCCCAACUAUACCAACGUCAACGCCGCCUUGUUACCUUGGGAUAUGCUGGAGACUGUUAAUGCUGGAAAGUGGUUCACACAGAAACCACCAUUUUCCUAUAUGGAGACCCUGUCCGAUGAAGAAGAGCAAACGGCAAUAAAUCAGUCCAUUUACAAACUGAUCGACUUCCUAAGGCUUGCUGACCGCGCCAAGAAGAUGGUGAUCUUUGACCUCUAUCGCCCUCCUCAGGAUCAUCCCUACCGAGACACUUGGAUUAACCGGACACUGGAGGUCAUCAAUGAAGCUGCUAUUGAUCCAAAACUGGUUUUAUGGCUUUCAAAUGACAUGAGAUCCUUUGUGCAGUUUGUGAAUCCUGGUUUGCAGCAGACAUUGGGUUUCAAAGCGAGUAUCGAAGAACUUGUCAGCAAUCACAUCGUGAAACUGAACCUGCCGUACAACGAGAUGUCCCAGCGAGACAUCAGUGAAUACGCUGCAGCCAAUAUUACCACCAACCUGUAUGUGAUCAGCGAGCCGUGGCUGUUUUCCUUGGCUUGGUGCUCAGGAGCUUAUUCUGUCACCACUAACUCUGUGCACACACUGAAGAAGAUGGAGGAGCCCAUGUUUCUAUUGACCCCGUCUCAGUACAGUCUAAUGUGGAUUCUCACAGAUAUCGUUUCUACUUUGCUGAUUAUUCUCAUCUUUGUGCUGCACUGGUGGAGAGAAAGGGGCUUCUCGUGCUGUCCACAAAGUAAAGAGGUCCCAGACAGUGGAUUUUACAACACAUUUAAAACAGAGAUGGAUAUGUCAAUAUCGGAAGACAGCUACGUCAGGAGUCUCCCGACCACCCCAAGUGCCAGACCCAGCGCCCAAAACAUGGGUUCUGGUGAGAUUGCCUGAAAGCAAGACACAUAGACAAAGGAUGCCCGGCACUUUAAAUGGCACAGCAAUGACCAGUCAUGCCCAGGUCCGUACAGCGGUCCAGCUACCCAGAGACUCAAAUUCUGGGACAGCUGUGGCCAUUCUGCUGCUUGAAGUGGAGAAUAAACUGGAGCAGGGAAGAGGGAUAUUGGGCCCGUUGUGAUGCCCACCACAGUGCCAGCGCCAUAGUCAUAAUAGUCCAUGCAGUGUCAGACUCAUUGUGGUGCCCACUGUGCUAGUGCCAUAUUAGUCCCUACUGUGUCAGACUUAUUCUGGUGCCCACAGUGUCAUCCUCAUAAUUGUCUCUGCUGUGUCAGACUCAUUCUGGUGCCCACAGUGCCAUAGUCAUAAAAGUCCCUGCAUUGUCAGACCCAUUGUGUCGCCCACAGUGCCAUCCUCAUAAUAGUCUCUGCUGUGUCAGACUCAUUCUGGUGCCCACAGUGCCAUCCUCAUAAUAGUCUCUGCUGUGUCAGACUCAUUGUGGUGCCCACAGUGCCAUCCUCAUAAUAGUAUCUGCUGUGUCAGACCGAUUGUGGUGCCCACAGUGCCAUCCUCAUAAUAGUAUCUGCUGUGUCAGACCGAUUGUGGUGCCCACAGUAUCAACCUCAUA